AUGUGGCGUCGCCUUGUGGCCGCCGUACUCGCUCUCCCUGCCCUGCACGCGGAUGAUGGUCUGUCUACCACCGGCAAAGGUGGCACAACUGUGUACCUUAAGAGCGAGGAUUGCCCUGUCGGCAUGGCUGUCUUUCUUAGCUCAACUCUUCCUCGGCACUAUGACGCACUCAAGCUGGCAGAUGCUUUGAUGAAGACUCCCGUAACAGCUGGGGAUGAGAAGGCGAGAGACAUGGCAGCGCGGGAAAUCCGCGCCGCAAACAAGUUUUUGUUAGCGAUGUCGGAGGAGACAGUUGUCAGAGGUGCUGAAAUUGGCGUCAAGGCGGACUGGAUGACUGGGCAGUGCGCUUGCGCCGGUGCCGUCACACGCGGUCGGCUGUUGGGGCUGUUGUUCUCGUAUGUCCACGAUGUGCUCCUUAUGAUCGGCCUGAACUUUCACGUGCCGGACCCGACUCCCGCGAACCUUCUCCUGAUCUGCAAUCCUGAAGGCAGCACAUCCUUUCAGCCACCAAGAAUCCAGUGGGCCGAUUUUCUGGCCACCAGCAGCGGUGAGUCAACGCGAGGCUUGCUGGCGGGGACAGAUCGUGAGAUUGCUGACAAGGUGGAGGUCUUCUUCGGGAGCAUCAUGUUUGCGGCUCAACACCCCGAUCUGGCAUCGGUGCAGCAGAUAGCAGACGUUUGCGUAGCCAGGUUGGAGUCUGGCUUGAAGGAAGGUUUGACCCUUUGCAUGGAGCGAGUCUGGUCCGAGCAGCAGAAGAUGAGCAGCGAGGAGCUUCACGAUUUCAGGAGGUUUGUGGCAGGAGAGAUCCUUUUCAACGAGAUUGAUGCCUUGUCAGCUCGGCACUCGUUUUCCUUCGUCCUUCUCGCUUGCAGUUCACAACCGGCGAAGCUCUUGCGAUUGCCCAUAACGAGAUACAAGCUUGCUUUUGGUGUUCUGCGAAGCUCUGCAGGCACGACCUCCACGUCCGUCGUCUGGGUGCGGGAGCUCGCCCGGAACAAGGACAGUGUUGUGAGCGCACGCGGUGUUAGCUCUGUCGUUGAGUUCUUGGCCGGGCUUGGUGGGCCCUGGUCUCGUCAAGACCCUGAGGGCGAGGAUGAGCUCGAGCGGGCGUUUCAGGUGCUGGGAAAUGCAACUGGCUGCCCGUGGCUCAAGCUGAUGGAUUUCGUGUCUGGGCUCCGGCUGGUUCAGGGUGCGAUCUCUUCGAACUUUUGGGGUCUUGGUUGUCCCCUGUAUUGCACCCAACCCUCCGUUGCCCUUCUCCUCCUGACCUUCGUGAUUGGCCUGCUGUCUGGACUUUGCCUAGCGGCCUACCUCUGCUUUCACUUUGGACUUCUGGGGCGUGAACCUCCUUCCCAAUCCCCAGCUCGCGUACGCCUGCAGCGCAUGCAAAGCGGAGCUGAGAGCCGCACUUCACUGGUUGUCCAUAUCGGCGGCUGCUCUGUGGCCAUUGAGGGUCCUUUGGACUCUGCCCUCUCCCUGGCCGAACACCUCCGCCUCCGGGCCCUUUUGGGUUUAGUCCCCAGCUUCCUGUGCGUCGAGGAUCCUUGGAUCAAGGAUCGAAUCCGCCGGGCCUGGAGAGCCGGUGCUUGGUUCUACGUUGCAGUUGGAGGCGGGGGGCACCCUCCUGGCCUGUACCGAAACUUCAGAGAUUACUCCCGGGCUGUGGGCCCGUUCCCGGAGUCCACUGCGGUGUCGCACGGCUUCCCCUCGGAGCUGGUGGUGGUGUACGAGCAUCCGGCUUUCGAUGGGGAUGGGGCCAUCGAGUGCUUAGCAGUGGCUGUGCUCAAGCGUGGCCCAGGCCUUGCUGCUUCAAUGGAUGCCGUUGUGGGGCCCGCACAUGUGCUCGAGGUGCCAGGAGCCUUGCUGUCAGCCACCGGCCUUGCUCCGUCAGGCGGCAGGUCAGUGCAAAUCACCCUCGUGGACCUGUCGGUGGAAGCUUUAGGCCGCCUCAGCCCCUACGAGCUUGCCGACUCACCAGAGCUGCUUGUGGCUUUCGAUGUGGGGGCGCCCGACCUGGUGCCAGAUCCAGAGGCCACCCUUGCCGCAGCCCAGGCCUGGAUUGCAGAUCCCGAUGUGGCGGCCCUCGAGCGUGUGACCUUCCGAAGCUCCAGCACUGGUGCCCACCGCUGCACAAAAGAGGGGCCGGCCGGUGCUUCACCUCUCUCGGCCAAAGGUACGCCUAUCCGCCCCACGAACGCCGAGGAGGCAGCAGAUGUGGAAGAGGAGGAGCUGGCCAUGGGAAAGGGCAUCUUCUUCCAACAAGUGACGGCAAACCUUGCCCUGGGAGCGUUUCGGAGGAUGGAAGUGGCAUAUCAGCUAACUUUCCUGGAGGAACCGCCAUCCUCGAUGUUCAUGGCUCGUGCCGGCCCGUCCUCUCGGGCGCGAGCCUUUGCCCCUCUAGCGUCUCAGAAGUGGGUGUCAGUGAUCCUCACGCAUCUCCGAGAAUUGGACACGAUACAGGCAAGGCGCUCCGAGCAGACGCGACCCAGUCGCCCACAGCCGGCCACCGAGCAGGCGCUUCAGCAGAGGGGGCCCAUCACUUCACUCCGCUCCCUCAAGUUCACCCAGCAUAGGGCCAUCCAAUGCGAAAUUGUGGAUUCUGGGUACAGAAGGGCCAAUUCGGCCGUUCCGGUUUCAGAUGCCCACCAGCCUCUGGGAAAGCAUGGGAAAGAGCACCACGACACGUCAGCCGCCCUUCGUGAUGAAGCGGCAAAAUCCUUCGGCACCACGAUCACUUUUGGAGCCUGGGCUUCCGCCUUACCGAGGUGGCUGCUCCGGGCUCACACGCCCUUUUCGGCAUACUUGGCUAUGUCGUUCGUACAUCCUGCCAGCCGCUGCGGCAAUGCCCCAGCCACCGCAACUUUUCCUUUGCCUUGGCCUCACCUUGGUGUCUUCGGCCGAGCGUCCCCAGACUUGCCCCGAGCCCAGAAGCAGCGUUUGAUUCUGCGUCGCACCGUGCACAUUGUUGUGGCCGCCCUCAACUUUUUGCAUGAUUGUGGCCGCUGGGCGCAUUCGCUCCUUUGUAGUUGCGUGUUUUUCCCGGAAGAGUUCCCACUCCCACCGGGUCGUUCCGGGCCGGACCUCGUCGCCCGCCUUCUUGAGCUUGAAUCCUUUGCUGGUGCCUUUGCGCAUGUGGGCUCGAGUGGCUCCUCGGACCUCCUUUCCUCUUUUGGUGCUGUCCCGAGCGUGCCGCUUACGGCCGAGCUCCCACAACUUCAGCCCUAUCGCUCCUUGGACGUUUCAAGAAUUCGGCUGCACGGCUCAGGCCAUUGGUUGAUAGCUCCGUUCCUUGAAGGACCGCUCUGGCUUCCGUUCCAGGAGCCGGGCAUCCUUCGUCAUGGUCUCCCGUUGGGGACCAACGACCUCCCCGACUUCGCAAAAGAGAGUGCCGAAGAGCACCUCAAGUUGGCGUUGUUGUGGGACGCCAAAGGUUUGUUGCACCUUGCCAAACCAUUGCAACCUGAAGCAGCCUACCAGCGUAGCUGUCGCAUCUUUAACAGCUACGAAGCGAUCGAGGCCGAUCGCCAGAUAGGCGACCGACGGCCGAGCAACCGUGCCGAGCUUCACCUUGAAGGGCCCUCCAAGUUCCUCCCCCAAGGAAGCCUUUUGACCUCGUUCCGCCUAAAGCGGCGACGGCAACAGCUCAUUGCAUACGUGUCGGACAGACGGGAUUUUUAUCAUCAGGUGUCUGUGACCGAGGCACGCGCUGACACGAACCGACUUCCUUUCGAGUAUGCUGGAGCCGCCUUCGCUGACUCAGCCGCGCUUUUGCCAUUGCCUCGCGUGGAUCGCAGAGGCGAUCAUCUCGGCGUGGAGUUCGCGCUGGAAGGACACUCGCAGUUGCUCUUGUCCUGCGGGGCCCUGCGGCCAUCCAUGCGGAUGCAAGGAUCUUCGGCCUUACCGCUAGGAUCGACUUGGCAAGCGCUCGUGAUAGAUGAUCUCGUGAACUUGAGCGCGCUCCCUGCUGGUGCCCAGCCGGGCGGGCUUUCAGAGGCGUCUGGGCUCCGGGACUCAGGCCCGAAGACUCUGUGGAAGAUGCACAUCAAGCAUCGCCGGAGCAUUGCACAAGAGACCCAGGCUCCCGAGAGCCGUGAAUGUAGCGGAGGUUAUGGGCAGCCGGGCGGGUCUACCGGAGCCUCGCAGAAGGCACCCAAAGCCAGGGAAGCGUCCGUCGCAAAGAUCUUGUUGUGCUGGUGCACAGCAAUGUUGGCCGCACACAGAGGCAGCAGAGCAGAGGCCAGACAAAGCUCCUGGGCGAUCGCGCGAGGCUCGGCAACGGGCCGCUGGGCGGUGCCGCAUUCUCUCGGUUGGGGCCACCGCCGUGAAACUAGUGAGGAGGCAGUCGGCCCGCCUCCUGGUUUUGAGGCUGUUCCAGCCUCGCUCCCCUUUGUGCUGGACCUGCUUGAGAUUGGGGACCCGAGUGGACCAGUCUCAGUUGAAGCGUCUCGACUUGGCCUGCGGGUAGGACCGCCCAUCCACCCAGCCGUCUCUGAGCACUAUGCCACCCAGCACCCCUACUUUGCCACGUGGCUCUACGCUGUGCUCAAAGAGGGAAAGGUCCGCUCUCUUGUGCUGCAUUCGCCUAGGGGUCUCAUUGCGUGCCACAGCAGGGCCGUGGUACAAAAAGACGGCACCGAGCUUGGACUGCUGCCUCUCGCUGCCUCAUCUUCCAUGGGUUCGCAAAGCGUUUCGGCCGACCUGCCCUGA